CGUACGUGAGAUAUCGAUACUCGUCCUAUCUCCACAGCACAGGAUAACAAACAAAAGCGUAAGCCAACUAUACCAUCGAUCCAUCAUUCGGCACUAAAUCGUUGGACCUCACAGUGAACGAACCUCUGCAAAAAUGUACUGGGUUCCGGGUGACUACCUGGGCACGUGUACGGCGAGCCCUAUGCUAAGUUCGUGUCAGCCCCAGGUCUUAACUCUACUCCGACUAAUCGUCCAACUUCUUGGCUACUCGUUCGACGAUCACUUUAGUGACAAGUCCCGCCAAAAUCCCAGCCCCGAUGACGACUUCGACUUCGUGAUUGUCGGAGCCGGUGCUGCCGGCUGCGUUCUGGCGAACCGUCUCAGCGAGGUGAAAAACUGGAAGAUACUGCUGCUGGAGGCCGGAGACGAAGAGCCGGCCGUAGCGAAUGUCCCGGCGCUUGCCCGGAUUCUGCGGCUCAGCAGCAUCGACUACGCCUACCACACCCAGCCGGAAUUCACGGGACUCGGGAACGUCUCGUACUACUGGCCCAGGGGCAGAGUCAUGGGAGGCAGCAGCACGAUAAAUACCAUGUGGUACGUGCGCGGCCACAAGCAAGAUUACGACGACUGGGCGAGACUCGGCAAUCCCGGAUGGAGCUACGACGAGGUGCUGCCGUAUUUCAAAAAGUCGGAGGAUGCCAGGGAUCCCGAAGUGUUCACCCGCAGUCCCGAAACUCACUCGAGAGGCGGAUACAUGACUGUCGAGCGGUAUCCUUACCAGGAUAAGAAUACGAAGAUCAUCAGAAAUGCUUGGAGAGAAAUGGGCUUCGCGGAGACUGACUACAACUCAGGUGUGCAGUUCGGGAUGUCAAAACUGCAGUUUAACUCGAUUCACGGAACUCACCAGAGUGCAAACGGUGCAUUUUUGAGACCCAUUCGCGGCAGUAGACCAAACCUUACGAUUCGCACCAACUCCAAGGUCGUCAAAAUUAUCAUCGAUCCAGACUCCAAGAGAGUGGUCGGUGUGCAGUACCUCGAUUCCAAAUCGAGACUCAUUUCAGUGCUCGCCAAAAAGGAGGUGAUCGUAUCCGCUGGAUCAGUCGAGUCGCCCAAGCUGCUUAUGCUGUCGGGAAUAGGACCAGCGGAGGAGUUGGUUCAGGCUGACAUCCCACUCCUCAAAGAUUUGCCUGUUGGUCGCAAUCUUCUAGACCACCCAAUCUUGUAUCCGUUCACUUUCAAGCUCAAUGAGCAGGCUUCCACCCUGGUCAGUGUCGACAAGAUGCGCGACGACCUGAUCUACUGGCUGAGCAGUCAUCAGGGUCCGCUAUCAGCAAUUGGUUCGAUGGAUGCUAUAGCCUACUACCAAAAUUGUCAAAAAUGUUUCGGACGAGCUGAUAUUCAAUUUGGCUUCACGGGAUUCAUCUCCGAGAUUGAAAAGAAGACCAGCGAUCUGAAGUUCAUACCUAGUUCGUACUACGACGAGGUCAAAGUGAGCCUGACACUUCUGACACCCAAGAGCCGAGGGAUACUGACGCUUAACAAGACCGAGCCAGUCCUGGGCCAACCUCUGAUCUACGCGAACUACUUAGGACAUCCUCAGGACAUGAAAACCAUCCUCAGUGGGAUUCGCGCCAUGAUCGGCAUCACUCGGUCUACAACCCUCAGAGAAAACGGAUUCGAGUACUCAACCGUCUCAGAACCUGGUUGCGAGAACCACGUCUUCGAAAGCGAGGAAUACUUCAAGUGUCUCGUCAGGAAAACUUUAAAUUCAGCCUUCCACAUCGGUGGAACCUGUCGCAUGGGACCCGUAGGUGACACUGAUGCAGUCGUCAACCCGAGACUCCAGGUUCACGGUAUCAAUGGACUUCGAGUCAUCGAUGGUUCGAUAAUGCCGAGCCUACCUCGAGCCAACACCUACGCGGCGACCAUCAUGGUUGCAGAGAAAGGCAGCGACAUGAUCAAACAGGACUGGCUUCCCAUUAUGACGGCCACCUACAACUUGUGGGACUACCUCAGCAAGCCAAACGGACGCAUCUACGUAGCUCAGUACUUCUGAUUCAUGUAUCGACCCUUUGUUAAUUCAAACCAACUCCGACUUUCCUCUAAUCCCUCCCUUCUCAUAAUAACGAAAGAAAAAAUAGAAAAGAAUAAGAAAAAAAGAGAGAGAAAAAAAA